AUGUUUUCGGGCAACCUUAUCUACCUAUCGUGUGGUGUCAGUUAUUACUCACCCAAAAUGACUAUGUUUGUUUCAAGAGCUGUCACAGCUCCAGCCUUUAUGGGUUUGAUUGUCAACAUAAUUUGUGCGUUCCUCGUCAUAUUCUUCUUCCAUGAGUCCAACGCUGGCUUGCAAAGAAAAGUCUCGCUAGAAAACGGUAGGACAGAAGAGCAUGCACGAUUUUUCGCGUUACCUAAAUACGAUAGAAUGGCAGUCAUGACAUGUAUUUUCACUCGCUUUGCACAAAUGUUCGUCAUCGCAAACCUCGAGACGCAUUUGUUCACCGAAUUCGGUCCUCGACCAGCAUGGGGCAUGGAAAUAGUGUUCGCUGGCUUUUGUGCCUUCUUAUGGAUCCACUUCUAUAAGCGCAUAAUUCCACUGAAGUUGCCACAGAAUCUUAGUUCUGGUGAUAUGUUUAAGAGCAAAUACGUCCCGUCUUUCUGUACUGGUUCCGAUCAUUGCCUUCAUCGCGCGAAGAUUCGAUUCAACCGCAAGCUGGAAAAGAACCCUCUUCAUCGACCACGAGGAAAAAGUAUAGGUGUAUACGACGUAAACGUUCUAAACGAUUUGCUGUCCAAACGUGACUGGCAGAUUAAAGAAGACCUAACCGAAGACUACGAGCUGCUGGCAGAAAGACUGAAAAGCUGUUCCGAAUUCGCCUCAGUUCCUCCAGCAAGAAUAUCGGAUCGCCUCUCCAUCAAUACUAAGGAGUUGCUUGAAAAGAGAAGGCAACUGAAGCUUGAUCCUGCUGCAACGCGUUUAACAUCGCUAGUAAUAAAUGCCAACUGCACAAGAGCUUUACAGGAAGAUCUACAACAGUACAUGCAAAAGAAAAUACUGGAAGCAGCAGAGCAAACGGAGCACUCUGGAAAAAAGCCGUGGCGACUUGUGUGA